AUGAUUGGAAAAGAAAUGAAAAGAGAAUGUUAUGUUCAUUCUGGAAUGAUCUUUAAAAAAAAAGGAGAAAGACUUAUUUCUAAAUGUGGAAGUUGUAUUAAUAUGGUUGGUCCAUCACUUACUGAGAUUCAUUGUAUUAUUGUAGGAUUUUUUAAUGUUACAGAUCAAGACUCUCCAUUGUAUGAAAUUCAAGACCAUGCAGUAGUAAGUGAUUAUGAAUUUUUUAAAAUUGCUGCCACAACAACUCCUUGGUCAAAUACUGAGUUUACACAAAUAACUAUUUCAGAAGCUACAUGUUUAUUUACUGUUUUCCCAUCAAUUCAUAUUCUUAAAGAAGAAAAAGGAAUUUCAACAGUAGCAGUAGUUAAUUCAAAUGAUAUUGUAGAGAAAAUUAUUUAUAAUGGGGUAGAAUAUUUUCAGAACGGACAUUAUUUUGACAUUCCAUUUAAAGAUACAACUGUAUCUUUUCAAAUAGUUUCAAUUACUAAUAAAAUACUUAAAGUAAAUAAUAUGAAACUUAGUACUAAAAAAUUUGUACUUGACCAACGUUUUCCUUCUACCUCUCAUACUUUAUGUCAGUUCUCUUCUACUUCUAAGGUUUAUACUUUUGAUGGAUAUGCUGAUAUUUUAUGGAUUUUUCAAUGGCAUUUUGUUGAGUUACAAUCCACUGGAUUUGUAAAAUUAACAGAUGAAGAAGUGAUUAAUAAUGGACUAAUUUUACAUUCUAUUGAUGGUAAAGCAUCUCUUAUUUCUUAUGCAACAACAGUAUUUAAUUUUGUUAUGGCUUAUAGAGAGUUAAGAAUAGAAGGAACUUCAGAUGCAGAAUGGAAUUUAACUUCAUAUAAAUGGGGAGGAUAUAAUUAUGGAACUGAUAGUUCUCUUGUGACAUAUCCUCCUUGUGUAAGUACUGGUUUCAAUGAAGAAUCUAAAUGGAUCAAUGAAACAACAUUCCAAUUUAAUAUAUCUAUUACUGUAUCAAAGAGAUGUUCUUAUUAUUUAAAUUCUAUGCUUCUUAAUUUCAAAACAGAUGGAAAUAGAAUUCUCAAGUUUUCUAAUAUACGUUUUAAAGAUUUUGAAAAUAAAAAAACAUGUAAAGUAGCGUCUUUAUAUUGUGAUGGGAUGGAAUGUAAUGCAGAUUCAGAGUCUGAAGAUGCUAAAUGGAAACCAGAAUGUGUUCCACGUUGUGGUGUAUGUAGAGUCGGAUAUAAAUGUUCAGUAAAAGGAAAAUGUAUAAAAGAAGAAGAAAUAAAUACAAGAAGUGCAUGUAAACAUAUUUCUAUUAUAACUCUAUUUGCUUGGUUCAUUGUGUUAAUUGUCUAA